AUUAAAGAUAUGAAAAUUCCAAAAAAUGGGUAAUUAAUACUAUUUGUUUGUCCCUAAAAAUAAAAUCUCUCUUCACGUUAGUCGCAUCGAUGUGUAUAAAUAGGAAACAACCAUUUGGUUGAGGUUCGUUUCGAUUUGGUCUUCCCUCACCAAAUAAAAAAGAAAAGAGAAAAAAAAAGCAAAGCCAUCCUUCACGCACAUCAAAGCACCAAAAACAAAAACCGAAACGCAUGCAUUUCUAAUUUUCUAUCUUCUUUUUAACUUCCUCUUCUCCCACCAUUUUCAUCAUCUUCUUCUCUCUAAACCUCUCCUUCAAUGGCCGUCGAUGCUCACCAUCUCUUUCUUUCUCCUCCUCAACUCUUCUCCAACAGAGAAUUAACGAUGAAUAAUAACACUAUGGAACCAACUAGUGGCGGUUUCUGCAAUAACAAUCAAACCGGUUACGGCGUCGUUUCACCUUUCUCCGUUCCAAACCAUACAUCAACAACAACAACAGCAACGCCUCCUCUUCUUCAUGUGUACGGCGGCUCUGAUACUAUUCCCACCACCGCCGGUUACUACGCCGAUGGUGCUACUAAUCUCGACUGUGAAUUUUUCCCUUUACCAACGAGAAAACGCUCAAGAGAUUCUUCAAGAUCAAAUUAUCAUCAUCUUCUUCUUCAGAACCCGAGAUCAUCAUCAUGUGUUAACGCUGCUACUACAACAACUACAACAACUCUGUUCUCGUUUCUUGGCCAAGACAUUGAUAUCUCCUCUCACAUGAAUCAACAACAACACGAAAUAGAUCGAUUCGUCUCCCUUCACAUGGAGAGAGUGAAAUAUGAGAUAGAAGAGAAGAGGAAAAGACAAGCGAGAACGAUAAUGGAGGCGAUAGAGCAAGGACUGGUUAAAAGGCUUCGUGUCAAAGAAGAAGAAAGAGAGAGGAUCGGCAAGGUUAACCACGCGCUUGAGGAGCGAGUGAAGUCACUUUCUAUAGAGAACCAAAUCUGGAGAGACCUUGCUCAGACGAACGAAGCCACGGCUAACCACCUCCGAACCAACCUCGAGCAUGUUCUGGCGCAGGUUAAGGACGUAUCACGCGGCGCAGGAUUAGAGAAAAACAUGAACGAAGAGGACGAUGCGGAGUCGUGCUGCGGAAGCAGCUGUGGUGGUGGUGGUGAAGAAACGGUAAGGCGCAGGGUAGGAUUAGAAAGGGAGGCGCAGGAUAAGGCGGAGAGGAGGAGGAGGAGGAUGUGUAGAAACUGUGGGGAGGAGGAAUCGUGUGUGUUGCUGUUACCGUGCAGACACUUGUGCUUGUGUGGAGUAUGCGGGUCCAGUGUGCACACGUGUCCCAUCUGUACAUCUCCUAAAAACGCUAGCGUUCAUGUCAACAUGUCAUCUUGACCCCGUCCCGUUUAUGGAAUACUCCUCUUCUUCUUUUUUUUUUUUUUUUGUUCUUUAGAAAAUUUGUAAGGAUAUUUUAGUUGAAUAUUAUUAUUAUUUUUAGCUAAGAAAUAAAAAAAUCAUGAAACCUUCAAUACAAAGCAAAAGAGAAAAAUCCGGCAGAAAGUUAUAUAUAUGUCAUAUUCUUCUUUCUAUUACUCUUC